UAACAACAACAACAAUAACAUAGCAGUACAGCUCUCAGUAUUGUGUCAAUAUAACUUAGGUUUGUCACAGAAAAGUCAUUGCUUGGUGUGAUAUUUGACUAUUCAACAAGUCUUUAAGAAAGGUUCAAUGUCUUCAUUCAUACUGCGUUCCACGGUAACGUUAUACGUCAUCGUUUGGCUGAAAUAAAAGCCGUGUCGGAUAGAACUACGGUGGUUGUCGAGGCCUGUAACGGUAACAGUUAUAGAAAAGCGAAAGCCAGGGAACUUCUUCGAGAAAAGUGUCCACUGAACUAAAGGCCCCACUAAAUAACCGCUUCACCCCUCAUACAAGAGUGCGUGUCCGUACAAUGAGAGGUUCGCACGGAGACAGAGCUCGAGACCGUGACAGAGGCAGCCCUCGUUUCGGGUCCAGCAGAGGCGGCCCACCACCGGGUAAAAAGUUUGGGAACCCCGGGGACCGUUUACGAAAGAAGAGAUGGGACCUGGACGAGCUUCCUAAAUUUGAGAAGAACUUUUACGUUGAACAUUCGGAAGUGCAGCGAAUGAGCCAGUAUGAUGUUGAGGAGUAUUGCAGGAAGAAAGAAAUCACUGUUCGGGGUUCAGGCUGCCCAAAACCUGUCACCAGCUUCCAGCAGGCACAGUUUCCCCAAUACGUAUUGGAUGUCCUGAUGCAGCAGAAUUUCAAGGAGCCCACAGCCAUUCAGACUCAAGGUUUCCCUCUGGCCCUCAGCGGGAGAGACAUGGUGGGCAUUGCUCAGACCGGCUCUGGGAAGACCUUAUCGUACCUCCUGCCUGCCAUUGUGCACAUCAGUCAUCAGCCCUACAUGGAGCGUGGAGAUGGGCCCAUUUGCUUGGUCCUGGCCCCCACAAGAGAACUGGCGCAGCAGGUCCAGCAGGUGGCAUGCGACUACGGAAAGUCCUCCCGCAUCAAAAGCACUUGUGUGUAUGGGGGGUCUCCCAAGGGACCUCAAAUCAGAGACCUGGAGAGAGGUGUUGAGAUCUGCAUUGCCACACCAGGUCGUCUGAUUGACUUCCUUGAGGCUGGAAAGACCAACCUGCGGCGCUGCACGUACUUGGUGCUGGAUGAAGCGGACCGCAUGCUGGAUAUGGGUUUUGAACCACAGAUUCGCAAGAUUAUGGACCAGAUCAGGCCCGACAGACAGACCCUGAUGUGGAGUGCUACGUGGCCCAAAGAGGUCCGCCAGCUGGCAGAGGACUUCCUGAAAGACUACGUCCAAAUCAAUGUCGGAGCGCUGGAACUCAGCGCUAACCACAACAUCCUUCAGAUAGUUGAUGUCUGUAUCGAGAGUGAGAAGGAACACAAGUUGAUCCAGCUGAUGGAGGAGAUCAUGGCUGAGAAAGAGAACAAGACCAUCAUCUUCGCGGAGACCAAGAAGCGAUGUGACGAUCUCACACGCAGGAUGAGACGUGAUGGGUGGCCUGCGAUGUGUAUUCAUGGCGACAAGAGCCAGCCAGAGAGAGACUGGGUGUUAUCGGAGUUCCGUAGCGGCAAAGCUCCCAUCCUCAUUGCUACCGACGUGGCCUCGCGUGGUUUGGAUGUGGAGGAUGUCAAAUUCGUCAUCAACUACGACUACCCCAACUCGUCGGAGGACUACAUCCAUCGCAUUGGCCGCACGGCCCGCAGCACCAACAAAGGCACCGCCUACACCUUCUUCACCCCGGGGAACCUCCGCCAGGCCCGCGAGCUGAUCCGGGUGCUGGAGGAGGCCCGACAGGCCAUCAAUCCCAAACUGCUGCAGCUGGUGGAUACUGGACGGGGAGGAGGUGGCCGUCCUCGUUUUCGCAGUGGCUCCACUUCUAACAAUCCCAACCUGAUGUACCAGGACCAGUGUGACCGGCGAAUGCGCUCUGUGGGUGGGGGCGGCAGCGCCAAGGACAGCCGCGGCAGCAGCCGAGAUGGCCGCAGAGGAAGCAGCCGGGAUGGGGAACGCUCCUCCUCCUCAUCUUCCUCCUCUUACAGAGAUCGCAGCAGCAGGGACGGAGGGCGCAACAAUGGCUCCAGCUCCAACUCAUACGACCAGUACAAGGAUAACAACAACAGCAGUAGCAGCACUCAGUACAGCAGCUCCAGGAGCGGCUCUGGGUCGGGAGGUGGUGGAGCGGAGCAGGCCCCGCCUUCUUCGUCGGGCCCCCAGCCUCUAAUGGCCAAGCAGUUCAAUCCUCCCCAGCCCAUGAUGGGCCUGAUGGGGGACCAGUUUGCUCCUCCACUGCCGCCCCCUCCAUCAGGCAGAAAGUAAUGUAAUCUGUGAGUCGGUCACACACACACACACACACACACGCACGCACGCACGCACGCACAACACCAGGUCACAAUCGGUGACAAAAAACGUUUGAUUUUGGAGGCUCGACCACUUCAACAUCAAGAUGUUAUAUUAUUUAGACUGAUUUAAUUAUUUAGUUUGACAGAAGCUCGUUUGUGUCAAUUGACUAAGUUUGUGAUGAUGGUCUUGGGAAAAAAAAAAAAAGUCUUUGUAUAAACUUUCUGUAUUUGUAUUGUGAGUCGAUAGGAUUUGUGGAGUAAUCGGAUUUCCCCUUUAGCGUGUACGGUAGGUGUUGAAGUUCUUUUUUUGUAUAAAGGCUUGUUUCUGUUUUAGGCUCAAUAUCUUUAUUUUUGUGUUUAAGAGUUUGUGAGCCACGAGAUCAGUGCGAGUAGAUGUAAUGAUGAACAUGGAGAUUUUGGUGUUGCUUGAGCACAAUAUGAGCGUUAACUGAUUUUUCCAUAAAGGGAUUUCUUUCUCCUUUUGAUUUGUUUUAUUUUUUAUAUAAAUAUUAAUUUUAAUCACCAAUGUGGGGCUUUGCUGCAAUGAUGUUUGAGAGUUUCCUAGCAAAUGCUAUCAUUUUUACAGUUUAAUAAAGCUCUUCAAUG